UAAUCUACCGCCCGAUAGGUGUCGCCAGACGCCCGCACGAAUUUUCAAUAGGCAAAAAAUACACGGACAACAUUGUUGUGUGUUCGGAACGCAGCCAGUUGACGAAAACCGUCGCGGUAGGGUAGGUGAUCGUUGUCGUUGCCUUGGGACCGAAAACAAAAAUCAAAACCAGUGAGUGCAUUAUGAUUACAUCCGUUCAAGUGAAUUAGAUAAUUUAAUAAAUAUUAUGGCGGUUUUGGUGUGUCGUUUGUAUUUAGUGUUCUUGCUUUUCGUGCCCUGUGUCUAUAAUUUGGAUACUCCAUCGUCACAAAGAACUGAACCACAUCCUGCCACUUCGGAUUUCAGCCGUCAUACACUUGUGAAACCGAGAAUAUAUCAUGGGAGAGAAAAAAGACAGAUAUCAUCGACCAAAGAAGAGGGCAGUGAACACAUUAACCACUUAAUGAUCAAGUUAGACGUAGACGACGAAGAAUUUAUUUUAGAUCUAACACUCAACAAACAACUGAUCCCCAAGGGAUUCUUCCAUCGGUAUCAGGAGAACGGGACGCACAAAGUGCACAGGCCGUCCAAAGAGGAAAUAGACUUGUGCCACUAUAAUGGAAAGGUGCGGGACAAGCCCGAUUCGUGGGUGGCUCUGUCGACUUGCGACGGACUCUCGGGUGUCAUAUUCGACGGCGAGACGAUGCACUACAUCGAAAAGGACUCGAGGAUCGUGGACGGGACGCUGGAGGACCAGCACUAUUUGUACAAGGACUCGGACUUGGUGGACAACAACAAGACUUGCGGAUAUGCCGGAAUCCCCGGAACCGAACACAAGCACGAGAACCAGUUUAACAGAAUAUUGAGGUACAAAAGAGCCGCCGAACAAAACCAAUUGGUCCGCGGUCCGUACAACGCCAACAAAGACUCGAAGUUCGUGGAGCUCGUGCUGGUCGUGGAUAACAGGGAAUUCAGGGAGUUCGCCGACAGCAGAAGGAACGUGCAAAACCACUGCAAAACCAUCGCCAACAUUAUCAACGGACUGUAUUCCCCGCUCAAUAUUUUCAUAGCCCUGGUAGGAGUAGUCAUAUGGAACGAACACGAUGAAAUCGUUUUCUCGGCGAACGGAGAUCAAACGCUCACCAAUUUCCUAUAUUAUCGCAGGAAAAAGCUCACCAAAGAACAUCCGAACGACAACGCUCAACUGAUUACGAAAUUUAAUUUCGAAAAUGGCGUGGUCGGAAAAGCCCUGAAGGGACCUAUUUGCACGUAUCAGCUGUCUGGGGGCGUCAACACGGAUCAUUCGCCUGUUGUGGGAUUAGUGGCGGCAACCAUAGCCCACGAAAUGGGUCACAAUUUCGGAAUGGAACACGACACAAACGAGUGCGAGUGCCCGGACGAAAAGUGCAUAAUGUCGCCCAGCAGCGGCAGUACGGUACCCACACAUUGGUCGUCGUGCAGUAAGAACUGUCUGCUGCAGGCCUUCGCCCACGGUAUGGACUACUGUUUGAAGAACAAGCCCGAGGCGUUGUUCGAGAGUCCCGUUUGCGGCAACGGAUUCGUCGAACCGGGCGAGCAGUGCGACUGCGGACUACCCGAGCAUUGCGAUAAUAAUUGCUGUAACGCGACCACGUGCAUGCUUUACAGCAACGCGAGCUGCGCCACCGGAGAAUGUUGCGAUUUAAAGACGUGCAUGCCAAAGACUGCAGGAACGUUGUGCAGGUCCGCAGAUUAUGAAUGCGACUUACCUGAGUACUGUACCGGUCAAUCUGAGUAUUGUCCGGCCAAUAUAUUCAAACUGGACACCGAAGAAUGUGAUGGAGGAAGAGCAUAUUGUUAUCACGGAUUCUGUAGAACAAGAUCGGAUCAAUGUAAAUUGCUUUGGGGGGAGACGGGAACAUCCAGCGACAACGCUUGUUACCAAAUGAACUUAAAAGGGACCAAUCACGGAAAUUGUGGUUAUAAUCCCAUCAAUGAGACUUACACCCAUUGUGAAAAAGAAAACGUAUUAUGCGGGAUGUUGCAUUGCAAGCACUUGAAUGAACGACUAGAGUUUGGAAUAGAAGCCGUCGCCACGUUAUCUCACAGCUUCAUUAACAAGGAGGGAUCAAUUAUACCCUGCAGAACUGUGGUGGUGGACUUAGGAGUUGGACAGAUCGAUCCUGGAUUAGCUCCGGAUGGAGCAAAAUGUGGGCAAGAUAAGAUGUGCGUGAAUCAGAAAUGUAUGUCGGUGAGUAGUUUAAGAGUGGCCGGCCCUAAGUGCCCUGAAGACUGCAAUGGCAAUGGGUGGUGCAACAGUCUGGGACACUGCCACUGCAAAGACGGAUUCGGUCCUCCGAACUGCAAAUAUCCUGGCCCUGGUGGCUCAGAAGACAGUGGACCUGCAACUGAUCCUAACGCCCAUCAAGCGUUCGCCAAUGCCAUGUUCAUCAUUUUCCUGGGCAUCAUACCGUUCAUGGCAAUUGUGGCGUUGCUGUACUACUACAUGAAGCACAACCUGCGUUUCGGACGCAGCAAGUCUUCUACCCCUACGACCAAGUCUCCAUCAAAAUCGAGGAACACGUCUUUCCCCUCCGAAAUAAGGAAGCGUACGGAAGACAAUCACUCGCUACUCCACGAAGACUCCCCCAUUUCCAACGAUUUCUUCGGAAAUUUCAAGGGCUUCUCCAUUCAGAAAAUCAAAAAGUCGCCGGAAAAGGAAGUAGAACCGGUGCGAUCGGCACCCCCUCCGCCAGUAAGGCCGGUUUCUCCAAACUACACCAAACCUCCGCCUCCGGUUCCCGCCGUGACAGUGAAGACACCGGUGGUCACCAGGUCGAACACGGUAGCCGCCAAAGCCAGUUUCUUCAACAAGCCCGUCCAAAAGCAGACGUCCUUCAAAGCUCCGACGAUCGGAAACGGAAUUGUGACCACGAAUAAUAUUUCAGCGGCACCAGCUUUGCCCCCACCAAAUCCGGGAAGUCACGCCAGGCCAAUUAUAUCAUCUCCCGUGUUGGAGAAUUCAACGUGCACUGCCAAAGAGUUGAUCUCACCCCUUAGAAACGCCCCCAAAGUUCCCUUUAGGUCUGCGCCAGAAGUACCAAUUAAAGAAAACCAACAAAGACCUUUAAGUUCGGUUGAUGUGGUCCCACAAGUUGUUAUUGAAGAGAAGAAUAAAAUAGGAAGCGGUGCCCUCAAUAGAAUCGCCUCGUUUUUGAAGCCGGCCGAUAAAAAACCUGUGGUCAACACGAAUUCCUUACCCAGAUCUCAGAAGUCGAAGGUGAAGAGCACAAUCGAUAAGGAGACCUUGAAAACUCUGGAAAUAUCCAAUCCAAUUCCCCAAACUCACAUAGAAAUUUCAAUAAGCGCCCUCCCAGUUAGUACUGCCGAAGCUAGUUCCACGGACAACAAAGCUACCGUUACCAGGGCUCAAAGUAUGAGGAGCCCAAAUCAACCAAAGCCUAACAUCCAAACUUUUGGCUCCAUGAGGCAGCCAAACGGAUCGAAAAGGCCUUUGAGCAUUCCGAAUAACGUCAGACCAAAAAUUCCUCCGCCACCAUUACCUCCAGCGAGUGUGUCCAAUAAGAUAUCUAAAGAAAAACCCGACGACAAGCCUUCUCAGAAUCAAUACGAUGAUUGCCUGAACAAGGCUGCUCCAUUGGCAAAUGUCAAUGAAAUUAAUAGUCCUUCCAGUGGGGACAAUAUUUAUGCGGUAAUUGAGGACAACAGUCCGCCGACAUCUAGUCCUGAGAAGUCCCAAGUAACCAGCAGUUCUGGUUCUACCGAAAACAUGGGACUGUUAGGAGAGAUAGUUUCCGAAAUACAAAAUCGGAAUUUCGACUCGAUUUAUUCGACUUCGACCCUAGCUAGGAAGAAAAAAGAAGAAGAGAAACAAAAACAACAAACUCUUUCCCCAGAUAGUUCAGAAACGUACGUUAAUACGGCUUCUAUUUAUAAAUCACCGGAGAGUGAGUACAGUAACAUGGGCAACCUAAAGUCCAGUGCCAGUUCUACUUCAAGUGGAUACAUUCACCCUUCUGCAGUGAAUGUGCCGGUAAAGGAAGAAAAGCCCGAAAUCAAAUCAUAUACAUCACCAUUUAGCAGACAGCCGGGACCCUUGGCUUCAACAUUCAAACCAACAAGUCCCUCAUCCACAAAAAAGACAGAAAGUGAUAAGAAUACUAACAAAAGUGCCUCAGUUUUAAACAAAACACCCCCAUCACCCACCAACAAAACCCCAAAAGUCGCCAACUCGAACCUGAGUCGGCAGACGACUCCUCCGAACUUGCGGACGAGGAAGCCGUCACCUACAAGAACCAAUUCGGCAGUAAAUCGUAGGUCGAUAACCAACUCGCCAGACUUAGUCACCAGUUGCACGGCAAACGGCAGCUCAAAGUCUCCGGACGUCCUGAGCGGAGGCGCCGCCGCCAAGAAACCCGCCAUAGCGAGCACGAAACCAACAGUUACUAAACCACAAACCAACAAAACUAAUCCAAAGUCGGUGAGUUUCAAGUCACCACAGUCCAAAACAGGGGAAGUGAAGCCUCCAAUUGCCGCAAAAAUCACGAAGGCCAAUUCGGAUGCCAGUGCGUUGAAGCCUACGAACGUGGGACUUAAGAAUGCGGCCAAACAGACGUCGAACGUCUCCAGUCUGCAGCAGAAGUUCGAGAAGAACGCAACAGCAAGUGCUAAAGUUACGCCCAAAGUGAAAACCUAGUUCAUCAAAAUCGUUUAGUGUACAUAAUAUACUUUUUAUUUAAUUUGACUGUAAAGACUCGAUUAAUUUAUGAACUAUUUAUGUAAUUUUAGCCGUCGACUAAAUUAUUAAAAUAUUGUUUUUGAGAGACAAUCAAAUUCAUGUGGUAUUCUAAUGUUAAGUAUUUAAGUAGUUAUACUUUUUGUACAUACCAAAGAUUUAUUAUACUUUUACUAUGAAAAUUAUUAUUAUAAUAUAAAUUACUUUACAAAUUA